AACUAGAAAGGAAGAAGAGAGAGAGAGAGAGGGAGAGGGGCGGAGAGAGAGAGAGAGCUAAAAUUAUGACACUUUUAAUGAGAAAAUAAGGAUCCCGUGCAACAGCAAAGUCAUACUUAAACUUAAAAUCAAGUUGUUUCUUCUCAGACAUAUUCAAACGGGUCACUAACUAAACAAGCUACGCUCAGCUCACACACACAAAAAAAGAGAAGACAUUCAUUUUGUAAAGGAAAUAAUCAGCAAAAAGAAAGAAAAUCGGCCUGGUUUCGUUUGGAAGGCCGCUCCUAAUCUCCAAAGGCUGACAAUGAGGGAACAAGAUAUUUUUGCUCUUCUCGUCACUGUUCUUUUGGUGGUUUCUUCAAGCAACUCAUUACAAAACAGUAUUCGUUUAAUCCAUGGUGUAACUCCCAACCAAGGCUUUAUAGAAAUUCAGCGAGGCAACCUCACCCUAACAGUAUGCAGUCAAGAGUGGAGCGAGAAAGAGUCAGCGGUCGCAUGCAGAAUGCUAGGCAUGCGCGGUGAGGCAUCACCGUGGUUCAACCUGAAAGCAUUCCACAGUCAAUACGCAACUGAAUUCUUUGGAAGAUGUCAUUGCAACGGUAGCGAAAAAUCAUUGCUUGAUUGUCAAUACGAUGUUGGGGGUAUCUGUUUUCGUCCAUUCAUGGAGAGAAGAGCCAUUUCUUGCGGAUAUCCUUCGGUUCGAGUGGACUAUUCCAAUGUUACCAAUCAAUCGAGUAUUGCCAAAGGAUCUUCACCGCUGCUGGCUCUUGAUGAUGACCCAAGCUCGUGUUUUCACUCAAACAUGGAAAGGAAUCCAUGGAUUGAGUUGAAAUUAAGAAAGAAAACCUACAUCCACACUUUGACAGUGUUUGUGGGGAAAGAAGAUAACACGACUCAAACGAAAUUCAAAACAAACGUCACGUUGUACGACGGGAACACAUGGGAAUCUAUUUAUUGUAACGUAAGCACGAGGAACUCUAGGCAACAAACGAUAAAGUGCGACUUGGAUUUUAAGACUGAUGCUGUUAGAGUUGGCUUGAUAGGAGAGAAUGUGUCGUUAUCAUUAUGCAGACUGGAUGUGUUCGCUUUUGAUUCCUGGAAAGAUGCGCACGGUGUUUUAAAUUAUCGAUGGAAUCAGUACAUCUCUCCUAACGAAAGUUCUAUUCUAAAAUUCAACUAUUUGUUGGACAAGACUCCUGACAUCUCAUCUCAGGGGUUGCCUACAUUUGAAUUCAAAUAUUUCCCUUAUACGUUACAUGGUGACACUAUUAAACAGACUGGCUUUUUAAUGGUUUCUGAUCAAGGACAGUACACUAUUGGCGUCAGUGAAUGCGCUGAAAACUGUGAAGUGUGGAUACGAAGAGUUGAGGAGCCAGGAAUGGAUGAGAGAGGGAGCGAUGACGACUUGAUAAUCAAAGUUGAAUCAACAACAUUUCAUGAUAACAUAAAAAUGAUGCCGAAGGAUAACAAGAAGGUUACGUUGAGCAAAUGUUUCCUGUACUACAUGGAAGUCUACAUGACAUCACCCUUUAAUGGUGGACUUGGCAUCGUGUACAGCACUCCUCAUGAUCACAACCCACAAACCAUCCCUUCAUCCAUUCUUUACUCGGUAAAGCCAGGUGUUAGAGACCUUCAGUUCGACGUGGAGAACUCGAGCACACGAGUAGGUCUUGGGUCAAACUUUACGAUCAAAGCUUCGUACAAGUUCUGCUGCAGAGGUCUCAUCUGUCCUUCCUGUCCAGUCGUUCUAAAGUUACUCGCGUUUGGUAAGACUGUGACAGUCAAUGAAAAAUUGGAAAUGAACUGUUCGGCAUACAACUGGACGUAUGACUUUGAGAUAGAUGUCCAGCCUGGGAAUUAUAGUGUAGAGAUAAUCUACUCACUUGAAGGCCACUUACUAGUUUCGCCUCGAAGAAGAACAGUGAUUGAAUCAGUAGAAGUCUCUGCUUCUGUUUCUUAUCGAUGUGGUUUUCAUAACGGCUUGUGUGAUGGCUGGCAAAUCUCUUCUGAAACAUCAAACUGGAGACCUGCUUCAAGCUUGAAUGUUUCUUGCCAACUCGAGAAACAAAUUCCUUUCAUGGCAGUUACGACACCUGGAGAAGCCGUUCUAUGGUCCCCACAGUUGCUGUGGAACCCUACUUACAAGAAAAUUAGUUUCUGUGUAGAGUUUUCCUAUCUUCUUCCUACGAACUCCACCUCUCGUCUUGAGGUUUACAGCCAUUCUAACAGAAUUUCAGAUGAUAAGGUACUGCGAKGGACGAUGUCAGGUUAUCACGGUAUAAGUUGGGGAAGAGCAAGGAUACCUGUGAGAUCAGAAGAACCCUUCAAGGUGUUAUUCAAAGGCAUCUCGGCUGCAAAUGAUACCAUUGCCCUUGCUGUGAAAAACUUCCAGUUUAAUGCUGAGGAUUGCGAAUUGCUGCCUGUCUUCGCUAAACCAGGAUUUCGCUGCAAAACCAACCAAUUCAAGUGUGACAACGGCCAGUGUGUCGAUAAAACAUACAGGUGUAAUGGAAUCCUUGAUGGCUGUCUGGAUGGAUCAGACGAAACAGGAUGCAUUUGUCGUUCUAGUUACUUCAGGUGUUCAGAUGGAACAUGCAUUAAGUACACUAAACUCUGCAAUGGAAUCGAAGACUGUCGAAAUGGAGAAGACGAGAUUCACCGUGAAAUCAAAUGCCCUGGUUUUGAAUGUUUUGACGGGACCUGUGGUCCUGAACCUUGCGCCUUCAACAAAACAUGUGAAGAUGGUUUGUCUCUGUACAGAAAGAAUGUGAUUGAUUCUAAUAGUUGCGUGGAUUCGCAAAGUGGACGCAGUGAUUCCUCACACUGUAAAUCUAAAGGACUAUGUGGUUUUGAGAGCGGUCCCUGUGGUUUUGAACAAAACCGCAGCAGCACGUUACAGUGGAUUUUUUUCACUCCAGCUGAGUUGCUAAAUAAAAAAGCAAAUCUUCCAAGCCAUGAUCACACCACGAUGACCAGAAACGGAACCUACUUUCUUUUAAAGUCACAGCAUGUGACGAGUGUGGUUAGGUCUUCAAGCCUUCACAGGGACUGGAUCAACACUGGGCCAGGCUGUAUGCAGUUUUGGUACUUUAUUCCUAAUGAAUUAUAUUCCCUCCUUGAGAUCGCUAUUGAGACUCCGACCAGCUCACAGCUUCUCUGGAAGACUUCAAACUCUACUUCUGAAGUCUGGGCAUUUGGACAAGUACAAAUACCUGGAAUCUCACAAGGAAAGAUUAUUAUUCUAGGACAUGUCAAAGAGGGAUUUGUGGCUCUGGAUGACUUGGGGUUUGAAGACGGCCAGUGUUCGACUAUAUAUACUCAAGAAAACCCAUCGUGUUAUUUUGGUAUCGGAGAGAAAUGUAAAUGGAACAUUGAAGACGGAUGGACACUAACAUCAACAAGAUUACCAAGCAUGUCAAAACUGUACGAUAUACAAGACCCAGGAGAUUCCUUUCUUCUUCUGUCCUCGCCAUUGUAUAGAACAGCUAGCGUGUCGAGUCCACUUCUCUAUCCAAAAGCUGAAGGAUGGGGAUGCUUUCGAUUUUGGUUUUACAGCGGUAAUAAAUAUUUUAGAAGAAAAUUGGCCUUAGAAUUCAAAACAGAAAAUAGAACUACAGAGGUAUGGAGCUACAGAAGCGCGACUGACAAAUGGACAUUUGUUCAACUGCCAAUGCCAUGGGAAGUGCAGCGCUUACAGAUCGUAAUAAAAGGAUUCAUUCAAGAUAAAGGGGCCUUUCUCGCUAUAGAUGAUGUAGCGUUCUUGAAAGAACAGUGUCGCAAGAUACCAGUUUUAGGCAAUGAAUGUCAAGAGCACAAUAUCCUGGAUGGUUCUGAUCGGCGCUCUGACAUGACUAUCGCACGCCUAAGAAGUGACCCACCCUUAUGUGAUAAGCUAAACGAGCAGAAAUGGUACAGAUUUGCUGGAGCUGCCGGCGAUCAAAUGGAAGAAUUUUGUUACAAACGCGAAGGUGUACCUCUGACACAUCUAAUAAAGUCCUGCGCGUAUGAUGACUACAGGGGUUGGGUCAACGGAUCGCUUCCUUCGGUUGAGGAGGGUAUUGUGGAAAGACAAUUAUGUUUCGUAUACAGAGGUCCUUCGUGCUGUGAAAAACAAACUGUGGUCCGAGUACGUAAUUGUGGCGGUUUUUAUGUUUAUCAAUUCCCAAAGAAGUUGUCUAGUUGUUCAAGAUACUGCACCAAAUACAAACAAGAAAUUCUAAACUUCAACGAGAACUCGGAAUGGAAAGAUUGGAUACAUCGUUCUAAUCAAACAAGAUGGACUCUUAAUAAUGACGAAUGGAUUGAUGAUGUAGAACAAUCGAUAGAAAAGAAGAGUGGUUGCUCAGUCAGUAGAUUCCAAGGGCAUGAAUUCGACCUUGGGAUUUUCUUUUUGGGUUUCACCCCUUUCCCGCCGUUAAAGUUUAAAGGACCAUUAACAGAGAUGACGCUGUGUCUUUGGACGAGUGUUAAUUCUUCUGUCCCAAUAUACUUGAAGAUGGUCUAUAUUACCGAUAGAUUAGUACCUAUGGCACCUGAUAUCGACAUUUCAAGUUACAGACAGGUUAAAUGGAAACAUAUAUGCGUGACGUGGAAAUCCGAUUUUGGGGUGUGGCAGAUGUACAUUAAUGGCAUCCUGAAGGAUCAUGGGAAAGGCAUCUUGGACAAAAAGAUGAUGCAAGACGCGUUAUUCAUCAAAUUUGAAUCAAGGUCAAGGGUCGACACUAAAAUCAAGUUGAGCCGCCUGAAUGUCUGGAGUCACGUGAUGUCUGCUCAUCAGAUUCGUUACAUGUCGUACCGAUGUGGACAGGAAGAAGGGGACACUUUACGAUGGAGCAAUUUUAUGCAAAGUAUAUCGAUGUCUUGGGUUUUUACUCAGCAUAACUCAACAUGCAGAAGAAGCCAAGAGAAUGUCUUGAGUUUGAUCACCAAUUCCAGGCAAAAUCCACACAGCGUUGCAACGAUAGAGAGCCCGCGAUACGAGAGGUCAUCGGAUUCUCCAGCGAGAUGUUUAAAGUUUAGGUACAAAAUCUGGGCACCUGGGGCGAGGUCGUUAAAAAUAUAUCAAGAACUGGAUGACAAAAAAUACACCAAGAGACCGAUAUGGAUGGUUAAGGACAGUGUGGACAGUAGAUGGAGGGAUGGACAAGUAACACUAGUAGCUGUAACGGCUUACAAAGUUAUUAUUGAGGGCGUAACGUCAAACGCACCAGGGAUAAUGUCAAUAGAGGGUCUGUACACUACUGACGGGUACUGCGUUGUCAUGCCAACCACCGCGAGGAAAGCUUGCAACGAGAUUCUGAACAACGAGACAGGUUACAUUACGUCACCAUACUAUCCUGGUUUCUAUGACAACAAUGCUAACUGUACCUGGACAAUCAAGGCCAGCAAGGGUCACGUGAUUCGUCUUGAAAUCCAAUCAUUUGAACUGGAGUUGAGCCCGCAGUGUUUAGCUGACUACGUAGAGGUGUAUGACGGGGAGGUACCUCUACCCACUACUCGUUUUGGUCGGUACUGUGGAGUCAGAUAUCCUUCGUCAGUUCAAUCAACGUCUAACACGUUGUUAGUUACCUUCAUGUCGAACGAGAAAACCAUACGAACAGGGUUUAAACUUUUCUACAAGACAAUUAAAGUUUUGCGACUCAACGCAAAUUUCCUCAAGGAAUUAGACGGAACAAUGUUCAAUAAACUAACAAGUCUAGAGGCCUUAGAUCUUAGUGAAAACUUGAUUAUAGCAAUUGAAAACAGCACCUUUUUAAGUCUCUUCAAUCUACAAUUCCUUGGUCUCCAUAGCAACCGACUGACGGAUCUUAAGAGCGAGACCUUCGCAAAUAACACAAAAUUAUUGCAUCUGUAUCUUCACAAUAACGCAUUGGAAAGGAUUCCAACUGGGCUGUUUCGUCAGCAGAAAAAUCUUAAAACCCUGAAACUUCAUUCAAACAAAAUCAGGUCACUGGACAAAUCUUCUUUUACAGGGCUCGCCGAGCUACAGAAACUAACACUGCACGACAACCCACUCAAGGAGCAGAAUGUUCAAAAAGAUGCAUUCGCACAGCUCGUUAACUUACGAAAUUUAACAUUAGACAGCUUCAUCCUAUGUUGCUAUGCAACCAAGAAUAACCCCAACCUUAAUUGCGAAUCGCCUAGCAACCAGUUGUCAAGCUGUGAUGACAUGCUUAAAACCUCUGCCUUACGUUUUGGUAUUUGGAUCCAGGGAAUCAUAGCAUCUUUUGGCAACGUGGCUGUUAUCAUCUGGUGGUCCAAGUGUUCCAAGCCAACCAAGAAUAAAUCAAAGUCAGAGAUACAAGACGUGCAGUCGUUGUUAUUUUCUAAUCUGGCGUGUGCUGAUUUCCUAAUGGGAGUAUAUUUACUAUUUAUUGCGGUGCACGAUGCGCUAUGGAUGGGAGAAUACUUCCAACAUGAUGUCGACUGGAGAUCAGGCUUCGGGUGUAAGAUAGCAGGGGUAAUAUCAACACUCUCAAGUGAGGUAUCUGUGAUGAUCCUGGUGGUCGUUACCGCAGACAGAAUCAAAUCCAUUCUUUUUUAUUUCUCUUCCGCACGUCUCACGAUUAGAUUGACUCGUAUCAUUUGUUCAUUUAUAUGGAUUACGUCCUCCAUAUUGUCAGUCGCUCCUCUUCUCAUUCCAAGCUACUUCAACGACAAGGAAUCGGGGUUCAGUUUUUAUGGCCGUUCAACUGUCUGUCUUCCACUGCAGUUAUCCACCGAUCGCCCUGACGGCUGGGAGUACUCGGUGGGCGUCUUCGUUAUCUUCAAUGGAGCAGCAUUUCUGUUCAUUGCGCUUGGUUAUCUCGCGAUAUUCAUUAAAGUUCGCCAAUCAGCACGCAGGGUGGGUUCAGCUCGAAGCUCUAAACGUCCAAUGGGGAAAAGAAUGUUUUUGAUAGUUUUGACAGACUUCUGCACUUGGAUUCCAGUAGUUGCACUGAGUGUACUAUCGCUAACUGGUCAUUUCAACGAUUCGUCUGGGAAAGUGUAUGCAGUGAUUGCGGUUUAUGUGAUUCCCUUUAAUUCAUCUUUAAAUCCAGUUUUGUAUACGUUUUCUACGGUCGAAGCAAGGAAGAAGCUCAAGAAGGGAUUUUACAAGUGGCUUUCGAAGUUUUCGAAAUCAGAAUCAAUAAGUGUCAACAAUUCCAGUCUUAGAACAAGAGAGUCUUAUUUGGGGCUCAGUUUCCAUCGUUUGUUCAACCGUUCACGUUCAUCAUCUUCAUCAGUUCCAACAAACACUUUCGGCGGAGUAAGUAAAAAACACGAUCAAAAUGAACCAAACUUUAUUGUAUUUUUCAGUCGUUCACAGAAAUUUUUUCUGUGCCUUUGAUUUGGAAUCGAGGGCGCUUUCCAAGGCCUCCUCGGGUUCAAUUACUUGGACUUUUCCGUAUGCUUGUUAGACUCACAGUUUAUUGGGCUACUUCCUUAGUGGAGUGGA